UUCACGGGUUUAAAGCAGCAGCUGCAUACUGCAUUUUCCCUGAAGUAUUCGAAGAGCCUGACUCUUAAAACUUUGUAGUUCUUGUAAUAGAAGUGGGGCAUCAUGGUUUGGACAAAUGACACAAGUAGCUAUACCAGAUUUCUUAUAUAUCUUCUUCUCCUGUGUAUGUUCAUCAGGAAGAUAACACCUGAAGAUAACAUCAUUACAACAAAGAAAGGCAGAGUCAGAGGGACAAACCUGCAGGUACUGGGAGGAACCGUGACAGCCUUCCUUGGAAUACCUUAUGGACAGCCACCCAUUGGUAGACUGAGAUUUCAAAAACCAGAACCUCGUGAGAAGUGGUCAGAUGUUUGGGAUGCCACAAAACAUGCAAACUCGUGUUACCAGCUUAUAGAUACAACUUACCCAGGUUUUCCUGGAUCAGAGAUGUGGAAUCCAAAAACUAACCUAAGUGAAGACUGCUUAUACCUUAAUGUAUGGAUUCCUUCUCCCAAACCCAAGAACGCAACUGUCAUGGUGUGGAUAUAUGGUGGUGGCUUUGAGAGUGGGUCAACUUCCCUACCGGUCUAUGAUGGCAAGUUUCUGGCCAGGGUAGAAAGAGUCAUUGUAGUGUCCAUGAACUACAGGACUGGUGCAUUAGGAUUUUUGGCUUUGCCAGGAAACCAGGAAGCUCCUGGAAAUGCAGGUUUAUUUGAUCAAAGAUUGGCACUUCAGUGGGUCCAAGAGAACAUAGCAGCAUUUGGAGGCAAUCCAAAAAGUGUGACUAUCUUUGGGGAGAGCGCUGGCUCGGCUUCUGUCAGCUACCAUAUCCUUUCUCCUAAAAGCCAUCCUUUAUUCACAAGAGCCAUCAUGCAAAGCGGAUCUGCAAAUGCCCCUUGGGCUGCAAUAACGGCAUCUGAAGCCAGAAACAGAACAAUGGCUUUAGCUAAACAACUCCAGUGUCCCACCAGCAAUGAGACAGAGCUAAUUCUCUGCCUCCAAGACAAGGACCCAAAGGAUAUACUGGAGAAUGAAAUUUUUGUUUUAACAUAUCACUCUCUUUUACAAGUAUAUUUUUGUCCAACUGUUGAUGGUGAUUUUCUCUCAGACAUGCCAGAAACAUUGGUUGAGAAUGGCCUUUUCAAACAAAUGCAGAUCUUAAUUGGUGUUAAUAAAGAUGAAGGAUCAGCAUUUCUAGCAUAUGGAGUCCCUGGCUUCAGCAAGGAUAGUGAUGGCUUGAUCAAUAAAACAGAAUUUGAAACAGCUUUAACUCUGUGCUUCCCAGAAGCAAGCAAACUUGCAAUAGAAUCAGUCAUUUUUCAGUACACAGAUUGGGAAAACGAGGAAAAGCCAGAACAUUAUCGUGAUGCCAUGGAUGAUAUUAUUGGUGACUACAAUAUAAUAUGUCCUGCAAUGGAAUUCACCAAAAAAUUUGCACAACUAGGACACAACGCAUUCUUUUAUUUCUUUGAACACCGAUCCUCAAAGCUCCCUUGGCCAGAGUGGAUGGGAGUAAUGCAUGGUUAUGAGAUUGAGUUUGUGUUCGGAUUGCCCCUAGAAAGAAGAGUGAAUUACACCAAAGCUGAAGAAAUCUUAAGCCGGUCCAUGUUGAGACACUGGGCAACUUUUGCGAAAACUGGAACUCCAAAUGGGACCCUGAUUAAUGGAACAAGAUGGCCAGUCUUCACCAGUACCGAACAAAAAUAUUUGACACUAAAUACCGACACUUCCGAGAUACUGACAAAGUUACGUGCUCAGCAGUGUCGAUUCUGGAAUAUUUUUUUUCCCAAAGUCCUGGAAAUGACAGGAAAUAUUGAUGAAGCAGAACGAGAGUGGAAAGCAGGAUUCCAUCGCUGGAACAAUUACAUGUCAGACUGGAAAAAUCAAUUUAAUGAUUACACUAGCAAGAAGGAGAGAUGCGCAGGCUCUAAUUAAUAUGUUUACCCUUUCCAGUGUGUCCGUAUUACUGUUCAUCAGGCAAGUAUACAGGUAGCUUUCUAACAUGUCUAGCAUUAAAUAUGUUAUGCAGAUUAAAAAAAAUGUUAUGCAUAUAAUUUUGAUUCCCCAGAUCUUUCAUUUAUAUUUUACCUCAUAUCUCAAUAAACAAUAAGGCAUCAGUA